AUGCAACCGCAAUAUGUACGGGAACGGUUGGAUAGUCUAGAAUGCAUUGAUUUAAAGCUUUGCACCAUGUUGAAGGAAGCUUCGCAAGUGGUGUUUACCUUUAGUGAAAUUAAGAAGGGUAAUGUGGACUUGAAACGACAGUUCGAGAACCACGUCAAAGGAUUCUACAACAAUCUGGAGGAAGCCACCAUUAGAUUAAGAAAUGAAAUCAAAUUGCUCGAUGAGAACACAGGUACCAGAUUGCUACCUAUUAGUGUAAAUAAGAAAAACCUCGGUCAAGACGAGGAAAAGCUAGCGGAGCAAGUAACAUUACUAGCAAAUGUGCUGCAAGAUGUUAAAAAUGAAGCCAGCACAGAGCCUCUCAUGAAAGAUGAGGAUGAAGAUGUCUUAAUGGAUGGAUGA